AUGUCUCUGGCGCGUUCUUUCUUCCGGACCUGCCGAGCAGGGACCACCUCCUCUCCAUCGGUUUCUCGGGUCCCUGUGGGACAUUUUUCAACCACCCGCAUCAACCACCUCCAAAACACAGAUAAAAAGAGCCGCAUCCCGGAGAAAGAGGUCCCUGUCACAGAUUAUGACGCCGGCCAUGGUGCAGGGCACAAACACACCGUUCACGUCUUCCAAGACGCGCCCCAUCUCCUUCACAACACGCCUCCCGUGUACCAAGAAAGCGAGGCCGUCAAUCCCCUCACUCGAGAUGUCUAUGAGCAACUCCCACACACUAUGCGCAGCAUGAGCAUGUUUGGCAAGACCGUCAUCGUCACCGGAGGUGCUCGUGGACUUGGGAAUCACAUGGCUCGCGCCUGCGCCGAAGCAGGUGCGAAGAAUAUCGUGAUUUUCGACGCCAACCAGGAACUCGGGGACGAAGCAGCAGCCGAAUUGCACGACAAGACAGGUCUCCCAAUCUCCUUCUACCGAGUGGAUGUACGCGAUGCCGCCGCUAUCACUGCCUCGGUCGAGGCCUGCGUUGAAAAAUACGGCGUUCCCGAUGUCCUUAUCAACUCGGCCGGCAUUGCCGAUUCCAACAUCAAAGCGGAGGCCUACGAUGUUGCUAUGUUCCGACGCCUGAUCGACAUCAACCUCACUGGCUCGUUCUUGAUGUCGCAGGCUGUGGGCCGUGCGAUGAUUGCCGCGCGCAAGCCGGGAAGCAUCAUUCUCGUCGCAUCCAUGUCGGGCCUGGUCGUCAACUACCCCCAGGAACAAAGCUGCUACAACGCUUCCAAGGCGGGCGUCAUCCAGCUUGCCAAGUCGCUGGCUGCAGAGUGGGCUAAGAAUGAUAUUCGAGUGAACUGCAUCUCCCCGGGUUACAUGGAUACCGCUCUCAACCGUGUUCCUGCUCUGGAGGCACAGAAGAAAAUCUGGAAGUCUCUUACACCUCAGAACCGUCUCGGAAACGUUGACGACCUCAACGGCCUUUGCAUCUUCCUGGCCUCUGAUGCGUCCAAGUUCAUGACUGGUUCCAAUUGUGUGAUUGAUGGAGGCUAUACUUGCUACUAA